AAGAAACGGCAAAAGAAGGCCCAACUACAGGAAGUGGUGUUUGACGAAGAGGCGCGUCGGGAGUACUUGACAGGGUUUAGGAAGAGGAAGAUGGAGAGGGUCAAGGGGAAGGUCGAGAGGGCUAAAGAGAGAGAGCGGGUGGAGAGGUUGAGAGAUCGAGCAGAGAAACGGAAAGAUAUCCGCGAGCGAGCGCUAGAGAAUGCGCGCCGGGUCGAGAGUGCGCUCGGGGCUGUCGACCUCCCCGGUUCAGAAACGUUAGACGACACAGGCGCAGAAGGGGGGAGGGAAGAAGAGGAGGAAUACGAGGGCGAAGAGCAGUUCGCUACUGUCACGGUCGUGGAGGAUUUCGACCCUUCUGUGGAGAUGCAUGGACUUGUAUCUUCCACUGUCCCAAAGGAUGCUGUGGAUGAAGAGGACGCGCGACCGGCUCCGAAAGUCCAACCCUUGGAGAAGAAGAAAACGGCGAUGGCGAAACCGAAAGAGCGCAAGUUCAGGUAUGAGACCAAGGCAGCGAGGAGGAGUGCGAAGGACAAGGAGCGGAGUAGGAGGAGAGAAAAGGGCGAU